CUAAAGGGGGGCACCUAUAUAAAACCAUCCAGUUUGGCCGUGCCCAGUUUCAUAUACCUGCAGCCAAAUCCGUUGACCAUGAAGCUGUACUUUCUGCUCUUGAUUGUCCUCGUGACUGUUCUGAGUUUGGUCGAUGCUGCCCCAUCCAAAGGGUCCACUAAGGCCUCCUUGAAGAAGAAGCAAACCUGCGCCAAAGACUGUGGUGACAACUACAAGCCAAUUUGCGCAGGCGAUGGAUCGAAAAAUCUGAGCUUUGGCAGCGAAUGCGUUCUGAGCAACUACAACUGCGAAAAUCAGAAAAAUUUGAAGCUGGUUUCGCAAGGCGAAUGCCCGGGAGGUGGCGGAGUACGACUUUCCUAAGCUCCAGUCUUCCAGGAAGCGCCGCCAUCGACUUUAGAGGCCGCAUUCUGAAUAUAUUUUGAAUAAACCAUUUUAUAAUAA